AUGCUUUUCGCUGGUAAGAGACUGGGGGCUCUCGCCCUCCUAGCAGGACUCUUCCCUGCUGUCAUUUCAUCGUCCGCCCCCCCGCUCUCCGACAGAGCCGACCUGCCGCAACCGUUUGUCUCGCGGACUCCUGAAGUUCAAUUCGACAACUUCACUCUGUUCAUCCAUGGGCAACGCCUCUUCCUGCAUGGCGCGGAAAUGCACACCUUCCGGCUUCCAGUGCCGUCUUUAUGGCCGGAUAUCCUGGAGAAAUUCAAGGCAGCUGGGUUGAACAUGGUUUCUGUUUACAUCCACAUGGGUGUAGUCAAUCCUUCCCGUGGCGUCGUUGACUUUGGCGGCUAUCGCGCCCUUCAACCGCUCUUCGAUGCCGCGAAGGCGGCCGGUCUUUGGCUCAUCUUGCGACCUGGUCCCUACAUUAACGCAGAAACCACCGCUGGCGGUAUCGCGCAUUGGGCUACCACAGAAGUUGCUGGAAAUCUUAGGACUGGAGCGGCAGACUGGCAAGCUGCAUGGCAAGAUUAUAUUCAGGGGAUCAUUCGUGAGACGGCCCCCAAUCAAAUCAACCAUGGAGGUCCCGUUAUUGCGGUACAAAUUGACAAUGAAUACUCUCAGAACCCCGAUUCGCAUGCUCGCUAUUUCGAACAGCUCAUCGCCGUGUACCACAAUUCAUCGAUUGUGGUCCCUUUGACGUACAACGAUGCGGGCCCGGGAAGGAACUUCAUCAACGGCACCGGAGCUGUGGAUCUUUAUGGACUCGACUCGUACUUCGUGGGCGCCGACUGCUCCGACCCCAACAACUGGCCGCAAGUGCCGGAUUACUAUCACCGUUACCAUCAAGAAGUCAACCCUUCGCAAGCAUGGUUCUUCCCCGAAUUCCAGGCAGGAAGCUUCGACGGAUGGGGCCCUGGCUCCCCCGGUUACGCGUUAUGCAACCAACUUACAGGCCCAGGCUUGCAAUCGUUGUUCAACAAGAAUGCAUGGGCGAGCAACGGAAAGCUGAUCUCCUACUACAUGGGCUAUGGAGGAACAUCUUGGGGAGCACUUCCCUUCCCUGGAUCUUACACAAGUUAUGACUAUGGCGCGUCUAUCAGCGAGAAUCGGGCUCUCACCUCCAAAUUCGAUGAGCUGAAGCUCCAGGGCUUAUUCAUCCGCAGCUCGCCCGACUUCUACAAGACCAACUGGAUCUCAGACAGUACAACCGGAUUCAGCACAUCCAACUCGGCCGUGUUCGGGACGUUCCUCCAGAACCCAGACAACAAGGCCGCAUUCUACAUCAUGCGCCAACGCGAUACCACUUCCAACGCGGUUGCAACGUUCAAACUCAAUAUCACGACACCCAUUUCCGCUAACAUCCAAGUGCCGCUGGUUGUACCUGCUGUCACGCUUACUGGUCGCGAAUCGAAACUCGUCGUUGCCGGCUCUUCAUUCGGUCAAUCGAGGAUUGACUAUACCACUGCUGAGAUCUUCUUCGGCGGCAGGAUUGGCAACCGUGACAUCCUCUUCUUGUAUGGUGGCUCGACGCAAGCGCAUGAAGUCCGCCUUAAGUUGACCGGACGGGCCAGCAGGGAGCACCUCACCAAUUCCUCGCUCGUCAGCUCCACCCAGAGUGACGGUGGGUCGACGAUCUUUGCUUUCCAAGCGGGGAUCACGGGUCUUCAUACGGUUUACGACUCAACUACACAACUCAUCCUCUUUGGUGACCGCCAGACGGCGAUCACGUUCUUCUCCCCCGUCAUUCCCGGCACUGGUGACUUCGCCACAUACUGGGCCACCGGAAGCAAUAGCACGGUCCUCGUUGGUGGGCCCUACCUCGUCCGCCACGCCUCCAUUUCUGGCUCUACGCUCGCGUUGAAGGGAGAUCUCAACGCAACUGUGCCGCUCACUGUCAUUGCCCCACCUAAUGUUCGCUCUGUCACCUGGAACGGUGCAAGCGUCCAGGUCACCCGUGGUGUCAGCUCCACCGCUGGCGCAUUUACUGGGACGCUUACCCCUCGUGAUGCAAUCAAGCAAGUCACAGUACCGGCCUUGACUGGCUGGAAGUACAAGGACUCGUUACCCGAAAUUGCCCUCGACUAUGAUGACUCGGACUGGAUUGUCGGUGACCACAGAACAACCAACGUCCCCCGCAAGCCAUACUAUGGAGAUGGCCGCAUUCUCUACCACUGCGAUUACGGAUUCUGCGAGAAUACUGUGCUUUGGCGCGGACACUUCAAGGGUCAGGGCCAGACUGCGAUGAACCUGUCGCUUAACGGCGGUGAAGGCUAUGCUGCUAGCGUGUGGCUCAACAACGUUUUCCUCGACACCUCAUGGGGAAACUCCAGCAACCAUCGCCACAAUAUCCAAGAAGCCGAAUUCCACGUCGGAUUCCCUGCCGGGUCUGUGCGCGACGGUGACAACGUCAUCACCAUCGUUUUGGAUAACAUGGGACACGAUGAGGCCAGCAACGAUCCGGACAACUUCAAAGUUGCUCGUGGCGUCCGCGGCUUCAACCUUGAUGUGGGCACUUUUGGCGACUGGAAAGUGCGCGGAAAGGUUGGUGGGUACAAAGGAUUCUUGGACAAGGCCCGAGGUGUUAUGAACGAGGGCGGUCUCUACGGUGAACGCCGAGGAUGGCAUCUACCUGGCUUUGACACUUCGUCCUGGGAGUCCCGCGAGCUCUCCGCUGGUUUGCCGAGCGGGACCGCCGGCGUUGGCUUCUUCGUUACCAAGUUCAAACUCGACAUCCCCGAAGGCAUCGAUGCGCUGCUUUCUUUCAACUUCCGCGAGGGCGAAGGCCAGACGUAUCGUGCGUUUGUGUUCAUCAACGGCUGGCACAUGGCUAAACGUGUUGCGAAUCUUGGGCCUCAAUUGAAGUUCCCCGUUCAUCAAGGUAUUCUCGACUACCACGGCGAGAACACCAUCGCCGUCGCCUUGUGGUCAAUGGACAAGUUCGCCGUCUCACCCAAGCUGCAAAUCGAGAUCGACGCUGUUCUCGAUGGUGGAGUGCCCAACAUCAAAACGACGAACCCGCCGUGGACGCCUGAGGGCCGCGAUGGGAAUUAA